GGUGAAUGUGAAUAUAAACAUCCUAGCAAAAAUUCAGUAAUUAAUGCAGUCUAAGCUAGCUAGCCAUAUAUGUAUAUUUAAAAAGAGCUACAAACUUUCUCUAUGAUAUAGCUAGCUAGCUGUACACAAGAAUGGCUCUCCCCUGGAACAGAAACAAGUCUGAAGGCCCCAAGACAAUGCACAUAGUUUUGGGUUUCUUCUAUGUUGUCAACUUUUGCCUUGGAGUUGGAUUUCUGGGCAUUCCUUAUUCUUUCUACUACAGUGGCUAUGUAGCUGCCAUUCCCACACUGCUGAUCAUUAUGGUGGUCAGCUGGAUCAAUGCAAACUACAUUGUCGAGUGCAUGGCAAGAGCUCAGGCAUUGGAAACUCAUAGAAUAUCCGAAACAGUCAAUAAAUAUUCUGAGAGUCAGUUGCUAAAGGACCACAGUGACAUGCACCCGAAAUUUGAGAUUUCUCACAGAAAAUUUGAGCAAGUCGAAAUGUGUGAAAUAUUCUACGGCAAAUGGGCUAAGUACUUGUACCUCAUAAUCGUAACAGUCUACUCGUUCCUUGCACUAUGGCCUGCCAGCACUGUUGCAGGAUCAGCCUGGGCCAGUAACUUACCGUUCAACUUCAGUACCAUAAUGCAGUGCGAAGAGAACGAUUUCCAACAUAAUAUCCUACCACCUGAACCUUGUCUCAACUCGUAUUAUGUCAGCCUUACGAUAUUUGGCUUUAUUGUUAUUCUACUCUCACUCUUAGAUCUCAAGGAGCAAGCUAUUGUGCAGAUGACUCUUGGUCUACUUAGAUUCAUCACAAUCGCUGCAAUUGUCAUUUACUGUAUUGUCAAUAUCGCUGAAAUUGGGAACAAAUGUCUGGUGGAGGACAGACUUCCAAGUUUCAAUGAGACCUACUUCAUAGCAAACGCCACUCAUCCCCCUCCUCUUAGACUGUUUGAUUUCUUUGGUUGGAUGACUUCCAUUCCCGUGUUCACGUACGCUAUCAUUCUCCACUCUGGAAUACCCUCCCUAACCCACCCUAUUCGACAAAAGCAGUACAUUCACUGGUUGGUAAUGGCCAUGUUUUCAACCGUUGGAUUCUGCUACUUUGUGCUGGGCAUUAUUGUAUCUCUAUGGUUCAGUGCAGAUAUUCAAGAAACCUGUACUCUCAACUGGGGUGAGCUGACCAAACCUCCUGCCUCUCUGCCGCUACAAAUCCUCUCCUAUUACAUCAUUCUCUUCCCCUCUCUGGAUGUGGUCUCGGCUUACCCUCUUGGUGUGCACGUGAUCGUGAACAAUGUCUACGUCAUCAUAACUGGUCAAGAUACAUCAGAGAAACCAAAUCAUCGAUUUGCAAAAUACGAUCUCCUACUCCGUCUUUCUCUGAGAUUGGUUGGAGCUACUGUUCCUGUGCUCACAGCUUUUGGCAUCGCUAACUUGAUCACUGUGCUCAAUUUUGCUGGACUUUUUGGUUUCACUAUUUGCUUUGGAUUCCCGACUGCUCUGCAGCUUCGCUCCAUCUAUGUGUGCAAGAAGAGGUUUGCUCACACACUGAACAAGAGUCCAGUUGCUGCCAUCAAGGGACUGCAAUCUGUCCAAGAGACUACUCCAUUGAUACCAGCUCAAGAGGUUCGAGGGAAUGAUCAAUCUCUGUACAUGACUCCCUACUCUAACAGACUCUUCAGUCACCCAAUAGCAGCUUGGAUGGUCGGAGCUGUGGGAUUCGUGUUGUUCUCCCUGACAUUUGCCAGUUUGUUCCUUCAUCCAAAAAAUGAAGUUUGUGACCCUGAUAGACUGUUUGAUAAAUAUGAAUUUUAGUUUACUUCCAAGUUUUAACCAUGCAAAAGAAUGCUAAUUUUUUUUUUACCUCAAUGCUGUAUUUACCGUAUGUAUGCUGCUAUUACAUCAUCGUUUUAUGGUUCCUAUUCUUCACGA